UCUCAGCUCUCUCAGUACGUCUUGUUUGGCUCUUUUUUUCCUUUUAGUGGCGACACAGAGACCCUGCAAGGUCCAUCGGUUGAACAUAAACUAUGUUCAGGGCGACAAUAUGACUAUUUCUUGCCUAACCACAACCCACCCGCUGGAGUCUCUGACAGUGAAACUACGCAGAACAAACCCGGUUCAACACAUCCUAAUGUAUUCAGACAACUCUCCAGCAUUAGAGCAUCAGAGAUGGUCAGUGAGAAAUGAUGCUGGAAAUGUUACACUUGAUCUGAAAGAUAUCAGUUUAUCUGAUCAAGGUCAUUAUGAAUGUGAAGUCUACAAAGAUUGGGACUGCCUUAAUGCAACUCUUUUUAACCUAAAGGUUAAAGAGUGUAAAACUUUGGAUUCUGUCCAUGCAGCUCCAGACUCUUCAGUGUUGCUGCCAUGCUCUGAACAUCCUCUACAAUACAGAACUGAUCAAGUAACUUGGAAAAUCUUUUAUGGUCACCAACAAACAGAAAUAGCUCAAUAUCGCCCUCCACACAAGCCCUCAAACAGCACAGAGAGUGACCCAAAGCCUCUGUAUGAGAGAGCGAGAAUACUUGGGAAUGGAUCUCUGCUUAUAAGGGAUGCAGUAAACACUGAUGGAUCAUGGUAUCAGUGCAGAGUGAGUGAAAAAAACUGCUAUGAGGUGAAGCUGGUCAUGAAAGGUGUGUUUUCAAUGCAGUAUUUCUAA